AUGGCAUUCGAAGCAUUCGAGUCGGGCACCGCCUAUCCAGAAUCGGACGCUGAUGAUGAGUACGAGAGAAGCUUGCACGACUCUAGCCCAGUCCUGGCCACAGACAGCGACGCUUCCCCGUCUUCAGAGGAUUUCUCUUCCAACGACCACACGCCGACGUUCAUGACGAGUCAUAACAGCGGAGAUAGGCUACCAGAGACAAUAAUCACAGAGUGGACGGCAGACGAGUGCGCUGACUUUGUGGGCAGUCUGGGUCUGCAGCAAUAUGGCGAUCAAUUCUUAGAGAACGAGAUUGUCGGCGAAGCACUCGUAGCGUUACAACACGAUGAUCUCAAGCAAAUGGGUGUUAACAGCGUUGGACAUCGACUUACGAUCCUGAAGAGCGUUUAUGACAUCAAGAUCAAGCAAGACAUACCAAUAGAGAGCGACCACUACGUUCCAUUAUCUGCGGACGCGGAGGCCCAAUAUGCUACAGCGACGCUGAAAGACAUUAAGCAAUUAGUGGAACAACUACGGUUACGAGACGAGCGAAUGAGCAUUGCAGAGAUGGAACUGCGCAGGAUUACGGCUGAAUAUACUCGUUUGCGAGAAGACUUACUACCAGUCUUUCGAAUGGCCAAAGAAGGACAACCACUGCCUCCGCCUGGCGCUGGUGAUUAUAAUAACCAAGCUUCCUAUAAUAAUUACGAUGCCUCGAACACUAUAUCACCUCCCGCUCCCACACCAUCAUCAAGCCAAUCUGGCGGGUUGUCAAGGAAAUUUUCGACAAAGAAACUUUUCUUUGACCAGCCGAAGAAUGCUUCUCCUACAUAUAUGCAACCAGGCCAGGAACGAUCCUUGAUGGAACAAGCGCUAGAUCCUGCAAAUGCAGCAGAACGAGCAGUUCUAUCAUCAUCACACCUUGCGGCAAUGAACGGUGGCUCGCAACCCUCAAUAUCUCCUGGUCAUCCCUCUCCAAAUCAACCUUCACCAACCUCACCCCCUACACUCAGCGGAUCAACCCUCGCGUCUCGUUCCUACCGUUCCGAUCAACCAACCCCAGGCCGAAGCACCUUUCCGAACGAGACCGACAGCUACCAACCAUCAACAUACUCGAGAGAUAGCACGAAACCAGCGCCAUCGCGGCGAGCCCAAACACCUGCACUCGAUACUCCAUCUUCUGGCGGCUCCGUCGAGAUAUUCAAGUCUUUCCGGGUUAGCAUGGAAGAUCCAUGUUACAAGGUCUUACCUGCAGCGCUUAGGAAGUAUAACAUCAAUGCACCUUGGGAGCAGUAUGCGCUGUAUAUCGUAUAUGGGGAUAAGGAACGAUGUCUAGGCAUGGAUGAGAAGCCGUUGAUAUUAUUCAAGCAAUUGGACAAAGAAGGCAAGAAACCAAUGUUCAUGCUUCGGAAGAUCAGCCCGAGCACGGAUCCACAAUCAGACAAUGUGCCAGGGAGCGCGGGACUCGAUCGAAACGUUGGACGAGGCAUACAAGCGACAUAUGACCCCCCUGGUGGCAUCAUAUGA